UAGCUUGCUUUCUAGCUAGCUUGUCGAUCUUUAAUUUUAGCAAUACAAUGACGACGCGAGCGUGCUUGUUGGUUGCGCUCGCCAUGGCUCUCGCGCUGCUCUUACAGGAGCAUGCAGCAGGUGCAGAGGCUCACGAACAGAAGCAGCAGGUGCAGAGGCUCCUCAGGCGCCUCAACAAGCCACCUGUCAAAACGAUUGAGAGCCCAGAUGGAGACAUCAUAGACUGCGUGCACAUCACCAAGCAGCCGGCCUUCGACAACCCUCUUCUAAAGAAUCAUACAAUCCAGAUGUGGCCUUCAUCUCACCCACGAGGAGGCCAGCUGAAUGAAGACUAUUCCAACACUGCAUCCAGCAUCACCCAAACGUGGCACCAGAAUGGCAGCAGGUCGUGUCCUGAGAACACCAUACCCAUCCGUAGGACCAUGGAGGAGGACGUUCGGAGGGCCGACUCACCCAGGAGCUAUGGCAAGAAGGAGAGGCGGCCGAAAUUCACCCCCGUCGAUGGCGCUGGACAGCCAACGACUGUGACCAGUGGCCACCAGUGGGCCCAGGCAUCUGCGCAGGGUGGCAGUACGUACUAUGGAACCGAGGCGACCUUCGAUCUUUGGCAGCCCGUCGUUGAGACGGCCAGUGACUUCAGCUUGACCCAGUUCUGGGUCGUCAGUGGAUCCUACCAAGCCAAUGACCUCAACACCAUUGAAGCAGGAUGGCAGGUUUCCCCGAAUAUGUAUGGCGACAACAGCCCUAGACUUUUCAUUUACUGGACUCGCGACGCGUAUCAGACGACGGGAUGCUACGACCUCAAGUGCUCGGGUUUCGUCCAAACAAACAAUGCCAUCACCUUCGGUGUCACCCAACUGUCCCCGGUCUCCACCUAUGGUGGCCCACAGAACGACAUCACUAUUUUAGUUUGGAAGGAUCCAAAGACGGGGAACUGGUGGUUGCAAGUGGGAAAAGAUCUUCUGGGCUACUGGCCGUCAUCCCUCUUCACCAACCUGGCGAGCAGUGCCUCCAACAUCCAGUGGGGCGGCGAGGUAUACUCGCCUGACGCGGGCCAAACAUCCACACAGAUGGGCAGUGGACAUCUCCCCGAGGAAGGGCUCGGGAAAGCCAGUUACAUCCGGAACAUCCAAGUGGUCGAUGCGUCCAACACUCUUCUGUCGCCAAGUGGUGGUCUGGGUCUGUUCGCUUCACGACCCAACUGCUAUAAUGUGCUCAAUGGUGCUGCUGGUAACAGCUUUGGCACCUACAUCUACUAUGGGGGGCCAGGGAGGAACCCUAACUGCCAGUAGUAGUCAAAUUGAACGUUUCCUGGAGUGCAAGCAUAGCUCUCUCUCCUUUACUUAAUUACACGUGAAGAAGAUAUACCAUACCGGCCCCUUACAGCAACUAGAAUGUGUUAUGGCUUACUGAUGGCCCAAUAGGUAUAGUUACAGGGCAUAUAGUUACACAUGCAAUAAUGCGCUGCGAGAUCUCUGCGCGCAAUGGUCAAUUGUUUCCGGACAUACAUCGGAAAGAAGUGUCAAGAACAAGCUUUACAAGCUUGCGACAAAUGUAAUCAUGCUUCACCAUAUGUUUGGAAUAUAGAAUUUAUUCGCAGCUUCCAUCAAUCA